CUUGCCCCCCUGAUCACAUGCACCUCACAGAGAGGGGGUGUCUACGCCCCCGCCACACACUACACCACGGACACCAGCACUGGUGAGGCUCUGGACUGGCCAGUCAACCUGCUCUCAUUCUCUUUCCCUGUCAUACCCCUAGUCUCUCUUUUCCUGUUUUGCUGUCAACUGUCAUUGUCUUCAUCUGGUGCCUUCUCUAUGUCUACAGUAGAUGUGAUUUUCUAAACUAACAUAUAUCAGAUGAAAUGGAGUUGUACAAAUAUGUGGGUUUGAUGCUACCAAGAGUUAAGAAAGCUCUAGUCAUUGUGCAUAGAAAGUGUGGUGUAUGUGUCAAACAAACAUGUUGCACUGUGUAUACACCACAAAUGCUCUGGUUCAGGGAAUUAACAAACAAAGAACAGAAAUGUCACAGCAGUGGGUCAGUAAGAGAUGGUUGGAUGACAGAAGCUGCUUAAGGAGUGCGAUCAGAGAGGGAUAGAAAGUAGGCCACGCCAACAAGUGCUUCUCCAGUUACCUGGUUAUCUCCUCUCUCUCACUGUGUGAUCACCUUUCUAAGAAAGAGAGUGUUGACUUGGGCCCAUUACCUUGAGCUGUAGGCCCUAGAACUCAGAGUAAGGCAUUUACUGAUAGAGAGACCAUUAGUACACAGACAGAAUCAGCUACAUAGGAACGAUAAGUAAGGUUUGUCCCAGACGUGAUAGUGGCGGGUGCAUGACGUCUUUAGGAUUGAAGAAUCAGACAGCAAGUUGGAUAUUAUUCCCAAUUAAACAGGCCAACUGUUGUACACUUGUGUUACCUCCCUUCCUCUUACCUGCCCCUCUCCCCCUCUAGAUCAGGUGGAGCCCACUCCUCCCGGUGGGGAGCGGGCGGAGGGGGGUAAGGGGAACGGGUCUCUUUUCUACAGCGAGCUGUGGUUCAUCGUGCUGAUGACAGGGGUAGCCCUGGUGCUUCUAGCUAUCGUUCUGGGGAUCAUCCUGCACAAGGCCCUGAAAAGACCCCCCUUUACUCGAGAGCGCCCCCCUCUGGUGGCCUUGCCCAUGCAGAAGAGGAGCCCCAUGGCCGUGUAUCCCCCCAGUGACUCCUACCUGGUGAGACGGCCCAACUGGGUAUGUGGGAACAUUCUAUGAAAGGGAUGGUCAUUCAACUUAAAUUAUGCAUUCACUUUCAUAGCAUGUAGAAAUGCACUUUAUUCAGACGAGUUUUCAUACAACAUGGUGGAAUAUUUCAUCUCAGAUGGGUUUAUUCUGACUCACAGUGGAAAACAUGAGAUAUAUGUCAAAUGUCUCCCUCUGUAACACAUUCUCUCUGCUCUCUCAGUUUGACACGGUGCCCAACACAACAAGCUCCUCCAACAGUGUCACACUCAAAGGGUUCACCAUGCACCUGGAGGUUAGAGACUGGGCAGACACUCCCCGCGUCCUCGCUCCUCUCAAAACCCAUUGGAUGAGAAAGCCAGAGGUUCCUCUCCUCUGAUCUUCUCCUCCAAUGGGUUUUGAGGAGAGGACACGAGGAGUGUGCAAUUGAAAUUCUCCCACUGACACAUACACAUACAUUUUGGACAACGGUAACUUGCCCCCUUGUCUCCUAUCUGUGCCCCAAGGGUGUGGAGGACAGUAAGUUUUGGGCAGGUGGCGACGCUCCUCCGGAGGGCGAGCUGGGAAUCCUUAAUGUGUCCAGCCUCCACGUCUCCGCUAUUCAUGGCUCUGCUCACUCCCAGAAUUCCCUGCGGCGCAGCGUGAGCCAGAUGAUGGACAGGAAGUCGCUGACGGGGGAGGAGGAAGUGUGGGACUCUCACAUUCAAGGCCACGACAGCGGGAUGGUGAGACACACUGAAAUCUAGGGCCUGCUUAGAGGAUGUUUUUCUUCCAUGUUUAUUUAUUAUUAACUCCUCCUUUCUCUCCCUCCCUUCAUCAUCCACCAGUUUAUGGAGGACGAGGAGUUUGUCGACACUAUUAAAGGCUUCAGCACGGUGCGGAAGGAACACACCAUGUUUACUGACACUAACCUG